AUGUUCACGAAACUAUUGGUGCUUAGUCUAUUGAGUGGAUCAAUACUUAGUGAUAAGGUUCGUUAUGAUAACUAUACUUUGUAUAAAGUUCAACCAGAAAGAGAAGAACAUGUAGCUUUUCUAAAAGAUUUGUUCGAAGCUGAUGAUGGCUUAGAUUUUUGGAAGCCGCCCAGUGUGGUGGGUGAGUAUGUGAGUGUUGUGGCGCCACCUGAAAUGAGGGCAGAAUUUGAGCUUGCUUUAAAUAAAAGGAGUAUCAGUUCUGAAUUGAUGUUGGAGAAUAUACAAGAAGCAUUCGACGCUCAAGUUGUAAGCAGAAGAAAACGUGAAUCUUCAAGGGAACUAUUUUGGACUAACUAUCAGACUAUAGAAGAUAUUUACGACUGGUUCAACUAUUUAGCUGAAACUCGAAGCGAUAUUGUUUCGGUUGUAACAAUUGGACAAUCUUAUGAAGGUAGAAAUAUAACCGGUAUUAAAAUUGCUCGGGGCACCGGCAAAAAGGCUUUCGUGCUAGAAGGCGGACAAGUAGGAGCUGAUUGGCUGUCACCGACAGUCCUCACUUAUUUAGUUGAUCAGCUGGUCAAGGGAACAGACGCUGAGGCCAGAGCCGCUUCGGAGGAUUUCGAGUGGCACAUAUUCCCUAUUGUCAAUCCUGAUGGACAUCAAUUUACCCAAGAUUCUGUAAGACUUUGGGUGAAAAAUAGAAGGCCUACAACUAGAACCACUAUCGGUGUAGAUCUUACCAAAAACUGGAACUCACAAUGGGGAAUUAUCGGCGGCAGUUUCACUCCUGCAGCAAGCAACUACAUUGGUCUGGGGCCGUUCUCGGAAGUGGAAACAAGAUCACUGGCGCGCUACAUCGAGGGCAUCGGCCCGAACUUGGUCGGCUUCCUAUCGUUAAGAUCGUUUGGACAACGUCUUCUAGUUCCUUUUGCUCACAGCUCUGUACCUAUGUAUAACUAUCAGGAUGUGUUGACUGUUGGCAGGAGAGCUAUGGGAUCAUUAUCUGUCCGUUACGGGACACUUUACAUCACUGGCACUUCUAGAUUAGUACACUCUGGAAAUACAGGAGCAGCUGAGGAUUGGGUGAAACAUAGGUUUAAUCCUCCUAUAUCUGCAGCAUACUUACUCCGUGAUACAGGGUCUUGGGGCUACACUCUCCCCGUGAACCAGGUUCUGCCAACCUGUGAGGAAACCUUCGAUUCUGUAAUGGCUAUUAUUAGGGAAGCUAAAUUUAUUAACAUACUGUAA